ACUACGACAUAGCUUAGUAGGUGGUAGAUCAUACUGUUACCUACACGCGUUUACGAACCUGUGCAGACAUCAAUGGCCAUUGCCAGUCCUUAAAAUCCCUUGCCCAACCUCUCGCUGCCCAUCGCGCAUAUUUGACAUGCAAAGAUGAAGCUCCUUAAAUUACUGAUUCCAUUCAUCACCAUACUUUCUCAUGGAUUCUGUGGCAGUUCCGACACAGACAAAUUCGAGAGAUACCGCUCACUCUCAAAGUCCGCACCCAUUGAUUUGGACGAUUCUUCCUACCAAGUUCUAACCUCUAAACCUCGUGACUAUCAUGUCGCUGUUCUAUUGACUGCUACUGAAGCCCGCUUUGGAUGCAUUUUAUGUCGCGAGUUUCAACCCGAGUGGGAGCUCAUAUCUCGCAGUUGGCACAAAGGUCCUAAGCCCGAUGAAUUAAAAGUGCUUUACGCAACUCUUGAGUUCACCAAUGGCAAGGAAACCUUUCAAAAACUGAUGCUUCAAACUGCUCCGGUUCUCCUUGUGUUUCCGCCGACCGUAGGCCCUUUCUCCAAGGUUGAUGAUGGACCAUUGCGUUUCGACUUCAGCGGUCCCAUCUCUGCUGAUCAGCUUUAUACAUGGAUCACUCGUCAUCUCCCGGACGGCCCCAAACCUCCUCUCGUGCGCCCAAUUAACUACAUGCGAAUUAUCUCGGGCACGACUGUCUUCAUGGGCGUGGUGACACUUUUCACAGUUCUAUCACCCUACGUGUUUCCCGUGGUGCAAAACCGAAAUCUUUGGGCUGCCGUUAGCCUAAUCGCAAUUCUCCUUUUUAUCAGUGGCCACAUGUUCAAUCACAUUCGCAAAGUACCAUAUGUCGCAGGGGAUGGUAAAGGGGGGAUCAGCUAUUUCGCUGGAGGGUUUUCGAACCAAUUCGGCAUGGAAACGCAAAUCAUUGCCGCUAUUUACGCUGUUCUCUCUUUCGCAACAAUUGCUCUAGCAAUGAAAGUUCCCCGUAUUACCGACAAUAAAACACAGCAGGUGGCCGUCAUCAUUUGGGGCUCCGUUUUACUGGGCAUGUACAGCUUUCUUCUCAGUGUUUUCAAGGUGAAGAAUGGUGGAUAUCCCUUUUUUCUGCCACCUUUUUAGGAUUAAACCUUGUUAUGCAUUUACCAGGGUAAGUGUAUCUUGGGCAAAGGUGAUGAGGUGUCAGAGAGCCGGUGCAAUGAUUUCGCGAAAGGUCCUAUAUGUGUAAGGUCGUUUGUGACGCAUUUGGUCAGUCUACAGGUACUGUCAAGAGUGUGUUUUCAUCUAUGCCGGUCGGAUACUGCAGCUGGCAGUAUGAUGAUGAAGCCCCUGUGUCCGUCUUCAAUAUAGAUUCGAAUGAUUCGAAAUCACCUGCUGAACAAGCACGGGUAUACAAUUCUAUAAGCUUCGUUCAAUUGUGUACUGCGGUAUGGCAGUAUAAUCCGACAAACCCCGUCUUAAAUACACUGAUGUUUUUCGUUU